ACGCACCAGACUGUUCCGAGUGACCCUAGCUAGACUAUAUCACCCUAGGGUGCACAUGUCAGCCCACAGGGUUCGACAAGACUGGGGAGAGGGGCAAGUAGCGGGAUCUUCGGUCUGCCCAGCUAGGCUACGCCUGAAAGGGUAUAAACUAUGAGAGCACGCGAAGUCAAUAUGAACCGGGAAUCAUCUCAGUUGGACGACAAAAACGCAACUUUACACCACCAAAGCGCUUGGAAUCUCAGCAAUGGCAACGCGGGAAGGACUAUUUUUCGACAACUCAAACUCGGUACUGCAACGGGGACUCCCUUGCCAAGGUGCUAUUAAGCCUCUUACGAACAACACUGAUGAAAGGGUCGAGUUUGAUGUCAUCAUCGUGGGAGCAGGGUACGCUGGCUUGACAGCCUGUAGAGAUGUCUGCACAGCUGGUGAGUACUGGAGAGGUAGUCGAAGUGCCAUACUUAUCAAUCGUGCUGCAGGUUUCAGUGUCCUCCUCCUGGAGGCUCGUGACAGAAUCGGCGGGCGAACCUUCACGACUGAGGUAGAUGGACACCUGUAUGAGAUGGGAGGCACCUGGGUGCACUGGAACCAGCCGCAUACAUAUCGCGAGAUGUCCAGAUACGGCCUCACUGACUUGCUACCCAGCCAUGACCGGACAUUCGGACUUGACAGCUGUACAGUUCACUUGAAUGGCAAGACUCGCAAUGUCAGCCACGAGACAGCACACGCGAUGACAGAGAAGGCUUUUAGAUUGAUGUGUGACGUUGAUGGUGAGCUGGGUCGAAGUGUCAUACCGUACCCUCAUGAUCCGCACUUCAACCCAGAAGCCAAGUAUUGGGAAGCGUUGUCCGUGGCACAGCGUCUCGACCAAAUUAGGACGCAAAUAUCAGACGACGAGGCUGCUAUCCUGCAAGCGCGUCUGUCGUCGAUCUACGGGGCUGACAUGGACAAAGCUGGGUUCUUCGACAUGCUUCGGUGGUGGGCUCUUGGAGGAUACACCAUGGAUGGGCUGUACGAAACAGGUGACGAUUUCAAGCUCCCAGAUGGCCAGUCAAGCUUUGCUCGACAUUUUUUUGACGAAACCGUUGGAACGCAGAAGCUGAUCUACUGUUUCGAUACAGUCGUGCAGUCAGUUCAUGAUAAUGGGCGCGCGGUCUGCGUCAACGACAAGUGGCGCGCUGAGCGACUGAUAUGCACCAUGCCUUUGAACGUCCUGUGCGAUGUGAAGUUUGAGCCCGGACUAAGUGCGCAGAAGCUGCAGGCGAUGAAAGGAGGUAACAUUAAUCAAGGCGCCAAAGUCCAUCUCGAAGUAUCAGGGUCGGGGCAUCGUUCAUGGUCCAGUGCCAUCUAUCCCGUCAGCCGCGCCUGCAGCAUGUCUGGAGACGGGCUUACGCCUGCGGGGAACACUCAUCUCGUGUGCUUUGGCUCGAACAAGGAAUUCACAUCGCCGGAAGACGACGCUCGGAGCUUUGCGGCAGAUUGCAAGCAUGUCCAGGAAAUAGACAUUCUGAAAACAAUCUGGCAUGACUGGGCCAAAGAUCCAUUUGCCAAGGGAAGUUGGUGCAUGUAUCCGCCAGAUUUCAGCUUCAAGUAUUUGGCUACACUCCAGGAACGGGCUGGAAAUGUUUUAUUUGCAAACUCGGAUUGGGCGUCGGGUUGGCGUGGGUACAUUGAUGGCGCCAUUGAGAGAGGCACGCUGGCAGCGAGGGAUGUCGCUACUGAGCUGCGCACAUCGCGAUGCACGGCAGGCUAGAAAUGAGAAGCAGUGUAGUUAAAUCUGUCAAGAAGUUCGAGAUGC